AAGAAUUAAUCAAAACUAAUUAUCGAGAUCUUAUUAAAUGAUUUAGAGAGAUCAAGUAGAUUUUGUUGCACUUUUCAUUUAGAUUCAGUUCAUCGAGAUUGUAUUGACAUUGAAAAUGUUUGAAGAUCAGCUAAUUGUUGUAUUGCUUGAGUUCUAUUUUCGGAACUCCAAUCCUGAAGAUAGAUAGAAUUAUCUUCUGGAACGACGUAUGAGGCGAUCUGAAAGAGUUGAGCAUAGGUAAUGAUCAUCGAUAUUCUCCUGAAUGAAUAGCUAGCCGACUCAGCUGAUGACACUGGAACCGUCCUAUAUUAUGAUUUUCUCUCUGUCUUCCGGAGUUCGUUUGACAUAGAUUCUUGAAUUUUUUGGCCAUUGACAAAUCGUCUUUCAGAAUAAUUUGUGAAUAGUCCUACCAAUUAAUAUUCUUCAGUUCCAUUUUUCGAGCACCUUUCUAUUUAUAAAGAUUUGUGUUUAUUGAUUAAUGAUAUAACUCUUCGGUGAUCAUUUCUUGUCUAUCUACAAAUUAGUUUUAAUUAUGACGAAAGACUUAAGAAAAAGAAAACACUGAAUAUUUAUCUAUUGUUUUUAAGAUUAUUCAUAUUUGGACCAUGGGUUGAAUAUGGUAUCGAUCGUCAAUUGACUAAACAUACAUAUGGAUCAGCAACAGUUGCAAUUAGUGCAAGAAUGGGAGUGUUAUUAAGAUUAAAAUUUAUUCGUGGUAAUCAAACAUUCACUAUUCCACUACCAUUAUCUCAAGAUGUCCUACCUAGUGCUAUAUUUUAUGCUACAAUAGUACCUACUCUUGCGUAUCUAGUACUUGAUCGAUUGAUUAUUCAACCAUUUGCUCGAUCAGAACAAGAACGCGAGCAGAAAAAACAUGAAGAUGAAGCACGUGAAAAACAAAGUGAACAUCGACGUGAAGCAAUGAAUGCUCAAGAAGUCCUUCGAUCACUUGUUGAACAAAUAAAAGAUAAAGAAGGUUCACAAGGUUUAAUUAUUCUUGAAGCAUAUUAUGGUCAUUUAACAUCAAUAAUUAAUGAAUCUUCAAUAAAAAUAAUUGAUGUUAGUAUACCAUUACAAACAUUAGUUAAAGAUUCAACAUUAAAAAUUGAAACAACAGUAUCAAAAUCAAAUUUAACUGGUUUUUAUGAUCCAUGUAUAGGUGAAGAAAAAUCAUUAUUUAUUAAAUAUUCAUUUCAUUCACAUAUACAUUCAGUCACAUAUAAAGAUUUGGAUCCUGUUAUAUUACCAAAUCGAAAUCAUUUAAUAUUGUGA